AUGCCUACAUCAAGAGCAGACUCGCUUUCACCCACUCGCGAAGAUACCUUGCCUUUCGUAUACGACGUUCUGAUCGUUGGUGCUGGACCUUGCGGCUUAGCAGUUGCUGCUAGACUACGAGAGCAGACGCCGUCAGCACUGUUCACGGAUGAGGAACAUCAUCGAUAUCAUUGGAUUAAUAAGCAUGGUGGCCAUGCAUCGAUCAAGAACCGAAAGACGGGGCGGACGAGACAGCUCGAGCCAGGGUCCAAGGCGCCGUUGUCGAAGCAGAUAGGCCAAGUACAAGAGACGAGACCCGAAACUCCAAGUCGUCGAAGCGCAUCAGAACCGUCGAUGCUCGUGCUGGAUAGCUCAGGCGAUAGUUGGAUGGCGAAAUGGAAGCGCCUCUUCUCGCAGCUGGAAAUCUCCCACCUUCGAUCGCCAAUGUUCUUUCACCCUGAUCCGCACGACCGCGAUGGACUGCUGGCAUAUGCACACUCCCAAGGUCGAGAGUGUGAAUGUCUUGAGAUCGCGGGCUGUGUAGGGAAAGAGCUGAGCAAGCAUCAGAUGAAGAAGAAGCGGAAUAGCCGGAAGAAUGGCGAGCAGGCAAGACCUUCGAUCACAAUCGACGAAAGAGAUCGGAAGGACUACUUCACACCACCUAGCGACUUGUUCCAGAGCUACUGUGACUUCAUCGCAAAGCGAUACGACCUGCUGGACACAGACUUGAUUCGCAAAGCGGCUGUGGAUGAGAUCGACUAUGAUUUCAUACCACAGCUGUCGGCUGAUGAUAAGCUGUUCACAAUCCGGGCCGGGAAGGAUACUUACUUUGCGAAAAGUGUGGUCUUGGCCGUCGGUGCUGGGAACGCACCUUCAAUACCGAAACCAUUUCCGCAGAGUGGCUGUCCCUGCGCAUGCCAUGCUUUCACAGGUCAGGACGAGGCACUGGCAGCCAGGGUGAGAGCCAAGCGACCGACAAAUGUGCUCGUCAUUGGUGGUGGAUUGACCAGUGCUCAGAUAGCGGAUCAAGCUAUCCGGCGUGGGGCGACCAAGGUGUUCCAUGUAAUGCGAGGGCCGAUGAAGAUAAAGCCGUUCGAUGUCGACCUCAGCUGGAUGGGCAAGUUCCGAAACCACGAGAAAGCCACAUUCUGGUCAGCAGACACGGAUGAGGAGCGCUCAGAUCUGGUGAAGUCGGCCAGAGGCGGUGGUAGCAUUACGCCACGCUUCGUUAAGAUCUCCGAGCAGCAUGUCCGUUCAGGCAAGCUGUCAAUACAUACCCAUACGACGGUAGAGCAGACCAAUUACGACCCGUUGGAGCAGACAUGGUCGAUCAAGACUUCGCCUCCAAUUGCAGAUCUGCCGGCGAUACACUUUGUGUACUUCGCCACGGGUGUGCAGAGCAACGUUGAGAGGUUGCCAUAUUUGCAGAGGAUCGUGGAGAAGUAUCCAGUGGAGUGCUUCGAUGGAAUGCCAGCCUUGACAGACGAUCUCAUGUGGAAGCCUGACGUUCCUUUGUUCAUGACUGGCCGAUUCGCAGCGCUCAGAGUCGGACCAGGAGCAGCUAAUCUUGAGGGCGCUAGACUAGGAGCUGAGAGAAUCGUCUGGGGUCUGCAAGACGUCCUUGGUGACGAAGGAUCUGGAGGAUCUGCUGACGAGGGACUGUCGCCGGAAGCAUCUCAAGGCCAAAGCGAGUACAGAUUUGCGGCCGGCAUAGGUAGUCGAUAUGAGAGCCUGGAAGUGGAGGAGUGA